CUUAGAGGAGGGGGCGAAACUUUGGAAACAAAAAAACAGGAAAAUGGUAAAAAAAAAAGAUUAAUAAUAUAUCGAGUAAACCAAAACACUAUCUGGAAUGAUUGUAUCUCUUUUUUCAAUAUGUAGCUUUUUCUGGCUAUAUCGGAGUUGUAAAAUGUUUUUGUUAAUAUUUAAUAACAUUAUUGCAUUCAAACAAUUGUUUUGGUAGCAAAGGUCUUUUCUUACAACUGCAUCUAAGACUCGUCCAUCUUGCAACAAGACCAAGGCAAUCAGAUUCUCUUGAAAAGGACCAACUUCAUCUCAGUCACGAGAAUUGCUGUCAAGCCAAUUUAAAUGGGGUAUUGUUCUCGAAGCUGUCACCUUCGAAGAGGAAAAAUUAAAAUUGCUCUUUUAGCGCCAUCGCAUCGUUUUUCUAAAACAUUGUUAAAAUUUCAAUAUUUUCAUUACUUUUUAAUACGUGUCGUGUUCAUAAAGACUAUCCACUGAAACUUUCAGUUCCAUUGUGUCCAUAAGUCAUUAUACGAGCCUUAAAAAAGCUGUCCAUUGUUAUAUAAUGAAACCUUAAUUUUUUCUUUGUGCCUGUAAUCCCACACGUGACUACUGCUCAGUUUUUUGUUGUCGUUAUCAAAACAGAAACCGCCGUAGGAGCGGGGGCGGUAGGUUGACACCUGGUCAGCGUCUAUGAAGAUUACAUCACAGGCGUAAUAUUUGACUGGACACCCAGACGCUACCCCCUUGAGGCUACCGGCGGUUGUGUAAUCUGGCGACGAGCCAUGAGAAGUACUUGAAUUUCUGGAAAGUUCGACGUUUCAACAAAAGAAAAUGAAAGCACAACGACUUUUUACGUCCACUCAUAAGGACGAUUACUCCGCCCCUCCAAGCAGAUUGACAGCCAAUCAGAACUGUGGGCUUAACUCCUGCCAAAAAUGAACCUGCUUUUGUCACAAAACAAAACAUAUGCAAAACGUUUGCCUGUACCAUUUCUUUCAUCGCGUGUUUCGAAUGUAAAGUGCAUGUUAUUGCUUUGUAUUGCCGUUUCGUUUAACUUCGGGUUGUCAUCACUAUAUUCAGUUCCUAUAUCUGCGACAGUUUUAUUUCAAUUUUGAGGAUUUGCAUCUGGUUUUGGUUAUGUUUCUCUCGCAUUCAAUCUGUUUCUGGUCGGAUAUAACUAUUUAUUCAUUUCAAGUGGUUUUAAUGAGUUCUGUGCCGCUGAAGGUGUCUUUAAAUGUUGUCCAGGUAGAAGUAGUGUAUGAUGUCUUUCUUUAUCACCGCAUCCAUUUCUCGUCCGUCUUGCACGACGGACAACGCAACAAGAUUCUCUUAGCAGGGUGCAACAAAAAACGCGACAAUAAAGUCGUUAUCAAGCUGAUGCCUAUUCUUUCUCAUGAGGACGCAGAUCGCUUCAUCUACGAGGUGUGUCUAAUGAAACUGGCUGCUGACAUCCCCGGAGUUGUGACUUUGUCGUCUGUUACCAGAUGUGAUAACAACGGCUAUUUCAUCAUGCCGUUCUACGAAAAGAGAGACCUGCUCUCGCAAGAAGGGAAUCUAAGCCACUUCAGCUGGUUCAAAGUAUUUGUCACGAUGGCGGUGACUCUACGAAGACUGCACAAGAAGAGGAUUUAUUAUCAGGACUUGAGGCCACAGAACAUCCUCCUCACUGACUCUCACGUCGCCUUCAUCUCUGACUUUGGCGCUGCGAGUCUACUCCCAAAGGGAAGUGACAAGGUGGACACGUGGACAGCUGCGCCUGGUUUCCGGGGACCCGAGGCGGACCAGGAGGGUGGUCCCUUCUGUCCAUUCCAACUGGACACCUACAGCCUGGCUGUCAGCAUGUGGCAGGUACUGUCUGGUCUGUGUCCAGUCAAGAACAAGCCUUUGGAUCACCUAGACAACAUCCCCCCGCAGUAUGCUCCCUUGUUGAAGAAACUUCUUCGUCCGGACCCCGACAAAAGAUGGACCCUGGACAAGUUCCUCACUGAGGCCCUGGUGCUACGCCCGGACCUGACCUGUUUUUGUCUUGGAUUCUUAGAUCCCGACCCAAGCGUCCCAAGGAGCAUUGAUAGACAGUGUUACAGUUCGUAGAUUCAGCCCUCGUUGAGAUUGGACAUUGUGCCUAUGUUGAGAUUGGACUUUUCGUCUGUGUUGAGAUUGGACAUUGCAGUUUUAUUCGUUUUGUUAUUUUAAAUAAGUAAAUAUAUUAACGGCCUUAUAUAAAUGGACCGAUGCAAUUUAGUCAUCCUCAAAAAGAAACUUGAAAUGGAGGUAUACAUGACAGAAAAAGGCUGAAAUAAAUCUAUACAAUAACACAGUCUUGAUUCUUGGCUAACCGAAGAGAUAUACUACUUAAACUUAUACUUAUAGAAUUUCAAGUCGGUACCAUGUCGAAUACCUGCAAAAUCUAAAAAAUACUCAAUACCGAAAAUAUCUGCGCUAUUUCCCAUCAGGUUUUGGAAAAGUCCUUUGAACUUUUUAACAAUAGAAUUAAAAACAUUGGCAACUUUUCGCUGCCCCAAAUCUUGUUUAACAACUGAAAGCAUUUUUGAGAUGCUUUUUAUAAUUACGCUUAAACAGGAGCCAAUUCUACAGGUUGAUAUCUCAUUGUAAAGUUUUCUAGUUUGCAUCUUAAGUUUAUUUGGUAUGCAAUCUGGAUAAUACACCUUUGAUGAACUGGUACCAAUAUCAUAAAAAUGUUCUGAAUUAAGCAGGUUCAAGGGAGAAAGAGAGAGAGAGAGAGAGAGAG